ACUUUGGUUCUUUGGUCACUGUAAAACCAAAAGACACGCCUUGAAAUAUUUGUGGGCGUCUCAUUCAGGUAUUUAUGUGUGAAAUCAAACUUUCAACCACAGACAAAGAUUCAAUGACAUGAUUUUUAGUGUGACAUUUGCGAUGCUAAAUUAAGACCACAGGUUUUGUUUGUAAAAGUAAGUCAAAGUAAAUAUUGUAGUCGGGGGGGAGAGGAUUUGUACCUAACACAUCCGGUUUAGAUUGUAAACUUUUCAAAUGUCAGUGUUUUUAUUGGGUGCAAAUCUGACCUGUUAAAUUGUUAAAACAUGGUGGCUACCAGUGCUAUGUUCGAGGCUGCAGUCAAUCAUGACUCGACAGUCCGGAUGCCAAAUCCUGAAGGCGAACGUUUGCGAUUCGUACCUGAAUGAAAUAGAACAGAAACACACACACGCACUUUGAAGAGUGUUGUUUAUUUAUUGAGGUGACACCCAGGGAUUUGCAGGGGCACUAGAUGUAUUCAAGCACAACCGGAGGCCAAGGACGCCUGAAAUUGGUCAACUUUGAGACCCUGGAAAACCACAUUUCUCAUGAGACCCAGGGGCUCAGCAACAAAUACCUGGUGGUCCGACGAGGGAAGCCAUUCAAGGUUACUCUGGUGUUUUACGGACAGAUGUGGAACCCGAAAACAGAGUAUCUGGCCCUGCAGGUUUUACUAGGUGAAAUGUCAGCAAGGAUGUUGGUCCGUUUCUCCGACAAGCGGUCCGACCCGCGUAGCUGGUCAGCGCGAAUCUACCCAGGCGACAUCGGUCACCGCGUCGUCACCAUCCGCGUCUGCGCCCCCGCGCUGUCCUCUGUGGCGCAGUACCAACUCAUGGUCCACAUAGUGGGAUCGCAUGAGCGAAGCAGCUACACCGCGGGACCGUUUGUGCUGCUCUGCAACCCUUGGCUCAAGGAGGAUCCAGUGUACAUGCCACUGGAUGCGCAACGACAGGAGUACGUCAAGAGUGAUUACGGCGUGAUCUACAUGGGCACCGACCUCAACUUUAGUCAGCAGCCCUGGUCGUUCGGUCAGUAUGAGCCUGGUAUCCUUGAGGCUUGUCUGCAGCUGCUGCAAGUCAGCCCGCAGCACCUCAGCAACAGUCACAAAGACUACGUUCUACGAGAAAACCCGGCCUACCUGAGCAGGAUCGUCUGUGCGAUGGUGAACUCCAGCGAUGACAUGGGUCUUUUGGAGGGGAGGUGGAAGGGAAGCUACAAAGACGGCGUCAAGCCAACAGAGUGGAGCGGCAGUGCGGACAUCCUUCACCGCUGGAUGGCAUCCAAAGGCAACCCCGUGCGCUAUGGACAGUGUUGGGUUUUUGCAUCUGUCCUUUGCACAGUGAUGCGAGUGCUGGGGGUUCCCUCUAGGGUCGUGACAGUGUUUAACGCAGCCCACGACGGUGAUGGAAACCUAAUCACUGAAGAGUUUUACUCCAGCACUGGCGAGAGGCUCGGGCUGUCCAAAGACAGCGUUUGGAACUUUCAUGUGUGGGUGGAAUGCUGGAUGAGGAGGCCAGACAUUGGUGCCAAAUAUGACGGCUGGCAGGUUGUGGACCCAACCCCGCAGGAAAGGAGUGCAGGUGUAUACCGCUGUGGUCCUUGUCCAGUGGUCGCCAUCAGGCGGCGUUGCCUGAACACCCCGUACGACACUGCCUUCGUUUACGCCUCUGUUGACGCGGACAUCGUACGCGUGAUAGUGCGGUCUGGUAAGGUGGUGGGGAGGAAGGUGGACACCGAGUGGGUGGGACGCUUGAUCUUCACCAAAAGCAUCGGCUCCGAUGCGCCAGAGGAGCUGACGGAUUCUUAUAAGAGAAAGAAAAAAGACCAAACAUACCGAGUGGGACACUCAGGACUUUCUGACCGUAUCGUGAGUGUUUCUGGCAACGGUGGACCUGUAUGUCGUGCCUCACGUUCUUUCGUGCCUGGUCCACCCGAAGGAGUAUGUCAAAUGUCUCCUAAUGUCAUGUCUGGUCUACCCAACGAAGACGGGUCCGGCUCGGACGUGACCUUGAGCAUAGACGGAGAGCCGACUCUGGGCAAGGGCAUCGACCUGACGGUGACGGUCACAAACCCGUCGAACAGCACUCGCGUCCUCAGGGAGCACCUGAACGCUCAGUUGAAAGAAUUCAACAGUAGCCCAGAGAAAAGCUUCUGGAAGAGCCACCAAGAAGUGUCCAUUCAGCCAUUUCAAGUUCUGACACGCCGCCAUUCCAUCGCGCCCUCUGAGUACGAGGCGUUCCUGGCGGGCGACGACAUUGUGACGGUGGCGGUGGUCAUCAAGGAUUUGAAGACCAAAGAGCGGGUCCUGGCUACACAGGACUUCAACCUCAGCUCACCAAAAAUAAGCAUAGAGGUUGACGGUGGGGACAGCAUCCAGGUGAAGAAGGAGCACAAGGCCAUUGUGUCCUUCACCAACGAGCUCAACAAAACUCUGAGUGGUGCUGUUCUCACUGUGGAGGGCUACGGAUUAUUGCAGGGCAAACAAGAGGCCAGGCUGACCAUCCUGCAUCCAAAUGAGAAGAUAGAGAAGAAGGUUGCCAUCACGGCCUCCACUUCGGGCACUAAGCUGCUGACUGCCUCUUUCUCACAUAGCGGCAGCUCCGGCGCCAUUUCGAGAAGCUACCACAAGGUGUCCGUCACCACACGAUGACAUUGAAGAAUUGGAACGUUUCGAUUUUAUUUUUGAUCCAUUGUCGCUUAACAGUAUCAUAUGCUUAACUACACCGACUGGUCACAAAGUUACGUACACCUUCGCAGUGUAAUGAGAGCCGAGAGAUGAGCGGCAUUAAGAAUGGAACUUUACGAGUUUAUAGUGGUUUGCAGCGGUGUCGAGUUGCACUGCAUUACAAUCGCAGCUGUUCCCAGCACUUACAGGUUACCCCCUUUCAAUUUGUUUUUUUCAACUGCUCAUUGACCUUUCAUUCAGUCCUAUGAUUAAUAAAAACGACAAUAAUAAUA